AUGAUCAUAACAUGUCUUUCGAGUCUGGCUUUUUUGUUUUUGAUAUCAUAUGUAGUGUUACUUAUGCAGUGUUCCAAAAGCCUUUCUCAUAGCACUAGCACAAUAUGAUACGGCAAUGCUUAAACUAAAUGUUGUUAGUCACAUCGUAGUCGUACCAUUGAUUGAUGAUUGAAAUAGCCAUAGGGAUCUCUGCUUUGUCCUCACCAUAUGGAUUACAAAACGUAUUUUUUCUCGUGCUCUUGAAAUGCUUCUUCUGUUAAACCAGUCUCGAUUUCAUUAUAAUUAGAAAUAAUUGCCUGAAUUGCACACACCAUUUCAAGCUUUUAUCGAAUUUGCAAAAUUGAAUAGUUCAAAUUCUAAAAUACGCACAGUUAUGUAUGAAGGGAGAUAACUCCAUUUAAAAGAUGAAUCGAAAAUUGAUUUAUAAACUAUGGAUUUUUCUUUGGAUAAUAAACAUAUUGUGUGCAGCAAAAUAUGAUGCGUGUCCUCAAAAAUGUAAUUGUGCUGUGAUUGCUGGAGCAGUAAACAUAGACUGUUCAUUUCAAAAUUUAAGUGACAUCAAAGAAAACCUGCUUCAAAAAGCAUAUUCAUUAAAUGUUAGCUACAAUAAAAUUACUGAUAUAACCACAAGGUUUCCUUCAAAUCUGAAGAAUUUGGACCUUAGUCAGAAUAAAAUAAAUAGUUUACCUUAUAAUUUUUCAUUUCAGUUUUCAAAAUUAGAAAUUUUAAAUCUUUCUAACAAUUUGCUGAGCUCAGUACCCAGUAACUUACCAAAUUCAUUAAAAUCGUUAAGGCUAAGCUUUAACAAAAUAAAAACUGUAGAUUUUAAUAGUAUUUUAAAUCUUGUGAAUUUACAAAGUUUACUGUUUGAUUCUAAUUUCAUUGAGAAGAUAGAAACCAUAAGCAAUACAGAUGAUCAAACUGUGAUUUUUAGUAAAUUAGACACUGUAACAUUUCGGGCAAACCAGAUAAAAAACAUGCCAUUACAUUUACAUAAAGUGUUUGGAAAUGUUAAAAAAUUAUCUUUUUCUAACAAUUCCAUGGCAGGGGUUUCUGAUGAUAUAUUUAUCAAUUUCCAUUCUUUAACUUUAUUGGAUUUGUCUUGGAAUAAAAUAGAUAAUGUUUUCCCAAAUAGUUUUAAUGACAAUUUAAAAAUACUUUCAUUAUCCGACAAUUUAAUGACAUCUUUGCCCAUUCGAUUACCCAUGUUGGAAUGGCUGGACAUAUCAAAUAAUAAAAUAAGAAAAAUUCCAGAACUGCAAAGUGGUGAUCUAUACCCGCAAGAAAUGUUUAUGAUAGGCGGAAAUCCAUUUCAUUGUGACUGUGAAUUAUUGUGGUUGAAAGAAUUUUAUGACAGCCGAAAAUACUUGAAAAAUUUGGUAAAUGUGGAUCCAGCUCGAUUUGUUCCAGUGUGUGCUAGUCCUACAGAACUCCAAAAGCAAUCAUGGGAUGUGCUUGAUGAUCUUUUAUUUGGUUGUGUCGAAUCAGAAGUGAUUAAGUCAGAGAAUAUUGAAGAAGAUAAGUAUACAUGGAAAAUUAAUGACUUGUAUGUUAGAAUAAAGAAAAUCGGGGAUACUUUCAUCUAUAUUGAAUGGAAAUCUACCUUAGGUCUUUCAGACGUUCUUCACAUUUCCUUUCAUCCGUUUGGGAAGAGGAAUUUGAAGAAGAAAUCAAUCAUGCAUCCACAUCUUGGAAAAUAUGUGAUAAAAAAUUUGAUAGAGAAGACUCCGUAUAUUAUCUGUAUUUCUUUAAUUCCUGAAGAAAACAUUCUUUCUCAGGUUAAUAUGCCUGCUUCCACAGACGACUGCCAUGAAAUUGUUACCAUGGAAACUGUUAUUGAUACUAACUUUUUACAAGCAGGUCUUUUUUAUAUGGUUUUACCCAUGCUCAUAGUAUCUUUUUUAAUCUUCUACUUUAAAAUUUGGAAUAAUGUGCACAUAUUUCAACGUUAUGUUAUUCAAUCCAAUUAUAAUACUACGACCGACAAGAAAAAUGAAUAAUUUUAACAAAUGAUUAACCAUAUUUUGGAUUUAAUGUGGAUUUCUGUGGAUUUAAUGCUGAAAUAUCAAUGAAUGAUGAAGCAAUUCAGUUGAUAAGGAUCAGUGUAUCAUGAAAUGAUUUUAAAGAAUUCAUAUAAAGGUUAACAUUUUGAUUUUCAACUUAGACUCACCUUUACAUCUUACAAUUACUUCACUGUAGAAAAUUUAAUAAAACGUUAAAGUCUUGAAUAAAAUUACUAUUGAGUUGAACCUAAAUCUCUCAUUACUGUACCCACAAAACCACCAGCUUAUCAUCAAUAAU